AUGUCAUCUUCUCUUCCACCACGAUUAUUUUAUUCAUCUAACAGAAAUCUUCCACGAACAGUUAUUUCUACACCUACAAUAGAACCUACUAUUAAAAGAGAAGAAAAAGAACGUACAUUUGAUGGUAUGAGUGCAGAACAAAUUACACUUAUGGUAUGUCCAUCACAAUUUAGACAAGUCUAUAUUAAAAUAACAGAUACUAUUGGUGAAAAGUUUAAAGAACAAGGAUUAAAAAUUGAAAAUAAAUUAACAGUUUCAGGACCAUUAGAAGUACUUAUUAAUUGGGCUGUUACACCAGAAAAUUUAGAAAGUAAUUUUGCAAAUAUGUUUAUUUUAAAUUAUCAUACAUAUUGUAAACCAAUUCAAUUAUUAUCAAUUAUUGAUAAAAUUUGUAAUGAUAUUGUUGAAUCUAAAAAUGAACCAGUUAAAACAAUAAAACAGAAAUGGGCUAAAAUCACAAUUUUUAUGAAGAUAUGGACUGACUUAUUACCUUAUGAUUUCCAUGAUAAAGAAAUACUUGGAGCUAUUGAAACUUUCUUACAAAAAUAUCAAUCACAAUUUGUUGGAAUUGCACAAAUUAGAAAAAUGAUUCAAGCUGCUCAAUCUAUCCCUCAUUUACCUACAUUUGAAAGAAUUGAAAAUUCUAAUGGAGAAGAAAAAACAAAGCCACUUAAAGAAUUAAGUGCUGAAACAAUUGUUGGUCAAUUAAGUUUAUAUGAAUUAACAUUAUUUACUGGAAUAGAAAUGAAAGACUUUUUAGGAAGUGCAUGGACAAAGAAAGAUAAAUAUGAAAGAUGUCCACGACUUUGUGAAUUUUUAGAACAUUUUAAUGCUGUAACUAAUUGGGUAUCAUAUUCAAUUCUUCAAGAAAGUGAUAUUAAUGCAAGAGCUAAUUUAAUAAGUAAAUUCAUUGAUGUUGCAAAAAUAAUGUAUGAACAAAUGAAUUUUACCGGAUUUUUUGAAUUCUAUUCUGGGUUAAAUUCUAGUGCAAUUAGCCGAUUAACAAAAACAUGGGAGUUAGUUGAAAAUGCUUCUCAAAGAAUGGAACCAUUAAGAAAAGCAGCAGAUCCAACAAGAAGUUAUGCUUCAUAUAGAAAAUAUAUUCAACAAAAUAAAAGUAAAGGGUAUAUUCCAUUUAUUGGAGUUAUUAUUCAAGAUUUAACUUUUAUUGAUGAAGGUAAUCCUGAUAAGACUGAAAGUGGAGAUGUUAAUUUUGAGAAAUGUAGAAUGAUGGCUAAUCAAUUAUUAACUAUUAGACCAUUACAAAAUGAUCAACACUCAAUUUAUAAAGCAUUACCAUUUUUCAAAGAUUUCAUACUAUCAAUAGAACAACAUAAAAAUGAUGAUGAAAAAGCUCAAUAUGAUAUUUCAUUACAAAUCCAACCAAGAAAUUGA